GAGUCGAUUUACUCGCCACCAACCGUGUUUUCGUCGUGUUUAAUUGUAACUCCCCUUUUUUAAAAAUGUGUUUUGGUUUCUGAAUUAAAACAGAGAAACUGUUAAUUGUGAAAUUAUUUCGUAAAGCAGAGACGAAAAGUCGGUAGAAAACACCGAAAGCCAGAAGCCCGUGUGUGUGUGUGUGUGUAUAACUCGUCUUGACACGUAGAGGAAGGAUGUCUCUAGGAGAAAAUUCGAGCUCACCAUGAAACACGCAGAGAGUGUUCGGAGCAUCUGCUCCAUCCUGUACCUGGUUUGCGCAUUCGGUGUUUGCAACACAGAGCCAGAGUGGGGUGCCUGGGGGUCGGGGCUGGCGGAGCUGCUGCACAGCUUUCCAGCCGACAGUCCAUUCGUUGCUGCAGGAUCGUCAGUUAAUUGCUCCCAGCGUUUCUGGCUCCCUUCAUCCUCGCCUGUCUGCUGGGAGAAUGUGGCUGGACCGGAAGACUUUGAAAAGUCCCGAAUGAUGGUGCUACAGAACCGUGCAGCUCUUAGUAAGGUCUCAGCAGCCAGCGGCGUGGCAGAGGGGAACAGGUCCUAUAGUGAGGUGGCCAAAGAUGAUGUUCACGGAGUCCGGGCAGAUCACCUGGAUAUCGUGGAGACUGCAAACACCAUGCAGCAGGUAUUCCAAAGCCUGGAGGAGCGGAGGAAGGAGAUCACAGAGUACUGGACCCUAGGAAGCUUAAAGGACCGGAUCAGUGUGACAGAGGACUCCAUACAGGACAGAAUCCGCUUUGCAGGUCUACUGGAGAAGCAGUUAGCUGGCCUGGAGGGGUCUUUUCACACCCUGCAGCUCAGAAUCAUCAAGUUACUGGCAAGAUGACUGCAGCAAUACACAGCAUGUUCUGAAAAAAAAAACUUAUUUGCAUGCAUGCAUGCCUGCCUUCGUACCUGCUUGUCAUUCUCAAAUUAAAACCAUGCUCUUCUUGUAAUGAGAUAUAUAUAGAUACAGAUACACUAUUCACCAGACAGAAUACCAAGGGGGUAAACUAAUACUGUAAAUCAAAAGAGGUUAAGUUAACUACGCAUACAAAACUUGACGAUUGUGUGAAUAAUUGCCUAUGUAUAUGGCUAAAGCGUGUGGUCCCCUCAGAUGUUUAAGACAACCUGCACGACCACUCCUUGUAAUCCAGCAGUCUGGGGAACCUACAUAUUCUAAUCUCCACCAGCAGGGGUCACUACUGUUCAGCCAGUCAAAACCACAAAAGAACUCUACAAUUAUAGUUAUAUAUAUAAAAAAAAGUUUAUUAACAAAAAAAAAAACAACAA